GAGACAGUAUCAUUACAACACAAAAUGCUGAUGAGUAGAGUGAGAGAGAGAGAAAGACAACCUCAAACCAAAAAAAAAGAAGACAAGCUUUGAUUUGUUCAUCAUUACAGUAACAAAAAGAUGGCUUCAUCUAUAAUGCUAACACUCAUCACCUUCACCUUCAUCUCUCUCUCCUCAACACUUUCCAUCUCUUCCCUGACGACAAACACGAUCCCUUCUUCCCCAACAAUCUCUCCCUUUGAUCAACAGAUCUCGCCGGAGAUCGCUCCUCUCCUCCCUUCCCCUGCCGUCUCCUCCACUACUCAAACCAUCCCUUCUUCUUCAACACUUCCCCAACCAGAAAACGACGACGUUCUCGCCGAUCCUGAUCCCGCCUUCGCUCCCUCCGCUUCUCCACCGCUUUCUUCUCUUGCUACUCCGUCUUCUCAAGCUCCUCAAGUUCUACUCUCCGUCGUCUUCGCCGCCGCCUCGUGUUUCUCGCUCCGUCUUCUUGCCGUUUCAGCUUUAUAGGUCAUUUAUAUUUUAGACCCACGUACGUAUUUGUUUUCAUGAGUUUUAUAUGUCCAAAACAUAUUUGUAUUUCUCGAAUAAACAUUUAUUUCUAGUCAAAACAAACAUUUACAGUUUACUAGUCGUAUAUUUAUUUUGUCUUCCAAAUAAUAUUUUGUUA